AUGGAAGGCCAGGAUGACGCGCGCGGCGCCGCGGUGGGCAAGUCGGCCACGGUGCUGUUCGACGCGUCCAAGAAGGAGCAGUUCUACCCGACGAGCGGUCUCAAGAAGCUCGCGCGCAAGCUCAAGCCGCUGUGCCGCGUGGACGUCAACAAGGACGACCUGUCCCGGGACCGGAUAAAGGACGCGAGCGUGCUGGUCUUCGCCGGCGUGCGCGAGCGCUUCAGCUCCACCGAGUUCGCCACGCUCAAGGACUUUCUCAACGGAGGCGGCAGCAUCCUGCUCAUGCUGGGCGAGGGCGGCGAGCAGACGUUCGACACCAACCUCAACGGCUGGCUCAAGGACUUUGGCAUAUUCGUGAACCCGGACGCAGUCAUCCGGACGGUAUAUCACAAGUAUCACCACCCGAAGGAGGUGCUCAUCUCGAGCGGCGUCGUAAACAGAGAGCUAGCGCGCAUGGUGAACGAGCUGUACGGCAGGAAGGAUUUACUGGCGUCGGGGCGUGAUUCGAUGGUCAAACCGACGGGUCCGGGUGGUGCGCUGGAAAAGGACCAGAAGGGCCUCACUUUCGUAUACCCUUACGGAGCGACGCUGACAGUGAAGAAGCCAGCAGCUCCGCUUCUGUCUUCGGGCUUCAUAUCGUAUCCGGUGAACAGACCAGUCGUUGCUGCGUGGCAAGAAGGCGGCGUUGCAACACCCGCGUCGAAGUCAAAAUCAGGGAGGCUGGUCGUAUUCGGCUCAGCGCAGUGCUUUGUGGAUGAAUGGAUCGACAAGGAAGAGAACUCAAAGCUCCAGGAAAUUAUUUUCCGAUGGUUGCUCAAAGAUAAGGGCAUCACGCUUAACCCCCAGGACGCCGAAGACCCGGAUCUGAACGAGUACGUCCGGUUACCUGACACACAAGCACUCAGCGACCGAUUGCGAUCCUGUAUGCAAGAGAGCGAGGAGCUUCCAAAGGACUUCACGAGGCUUUUCGACGACUCGCUCUUCAAGUUCGACACGUCUCUCAUUCCCGAAGCUGUAAAUCUUUAUCGAGAGCUUGGUGUCAAGCACGAGCCUCUCACACUUAUCCCUCCGCAGUUUGAAUGCCCACUGCCACCGCUCAAGUCUGCAGUAUUUCCGCCCGCAUUGCGUGAGCCGCCUCCGCCAGCACUGGACCAAUUCGAUCUCGACGAGCACUUCGCUAGCGAGUCCCUGCGGCUCGCGCAGCUUACGAACAAAUGCUCCGAUGACGACCUGGAGUACUACGUGCGCGAGAGCGCCGAUAUCCUUGGCAUCCUGCCGCGGCUCGAUCCAGAGCGCAGCGAUGCCAAGCACGUCCUCGAGUUUAUCUUUCAGAAAAUCGUCAACUUCAAGAAGCUCAACCAAGACACGGCCCCUGUUGUCGUUGGCUCCAGCGGCCUGAACACAAACACGAACGUGGAGAGCACAGGUAACUUAGCAUCUACACGGGCGUCGUCCCUGGCCAACCUCGCAGAAUCCAAGGAGUCGAAGCAGUCGACGCCGCCGCCAAGCAGCUUUCGAAACCGGUUGGAUGAUGACGAUGAAGACGACGGUAAGGCCUCCUCGCCGUAA